AUGGUGCUGAAUAAGGAUGGAAUCGAGAAGAUACUGAAGACGAUGAUGCCCACGGCAAAAGAAGUCGAAGAAAUUCAAGAGAAGCAGCUGGAGAAUCCUGACAUGCAACUGGAUAUUGCUGAGCCUUUGAUGGAUUUACAAUUGGCAAUGAAAGAGAUGGAAGAAUCGAAGACAUUCCGGAAAGCGAUGAGCAUCUUUCUUGCUAUCGGCAACUCUCUUAGUGGCACUGAGAUCAAAGGCUUCCAACUGGAUUAUUUGGCUAAAGCGUCAGAGGUGAAGGAUCCGGUCUACAAGCACACGUUGACAUACCAUCUGGCUGAGUACAUGCUUGAGCAUUACCCAGAAGGAACGGAUCUCUACACCGAGUUCGGCGCCGUGGCUCGUAGUGCCAGGGUUAGUUCCUUCUUCGAUUUUAUGCGGAACAAAAUGAUUUUUUUUUACAUCUAA